CAGGGCACAGUCAGAAAGAGCUUGCACUCCCACCAAGGUUCAGUAAGGCACAGACGCUCAGUCUCCUUCCUCGGCUCUCUUUUGGAACAUUUGGUGGAGCCAAGCAACAAAAUAAGCAGCCAUGGAUGCCAUCAAGAAGAAGAUGCAGAUGCUUAAGCUCGACAAGGAGAAUGCUUUGGACAGAGCUGAGGGAGCCGAGGGAGACAAGAAGGCGGCAGAGGACAAGAGCAAACAGCUCGAGGAUGACGUGGUAGCUCUGCAGAAGAAGCUGAAGGGAACAGAGGAUGAGUUGGACAAGUACUCUGAGUCUCUUAAGGAUGCACAGGAGAAACUUGAGCUGGCUGAGAAGAAAGCCACUGAUGCUGAGGCCGAUGUCGCUUCCCUUAACAGACGUAUCCAGCUGGUUGAGGAGGAGUUGGAUCGUGCUCAGGAGCGUCUGACAACUGCCCUGACCAAGCUGGAGGAGGCUGAGAAGGCAGCUGAUGAGUCUGAGAGAGGCAUGAAGGUCAUUGAGAACAGAGCCUCCAAGGAUGAGGAGAAGAUGGAGCUGCAGGAGAUCCAGCUGAAGGAGGCCAAGCACAUCGCCGAGGAGGCUGACCGCAAAUAUGAGGAGGUUGCCCGUAAGCUGGUAAUCAUUGAGAGUGAUCUGGAGCGUACAGAGGAGCGCGCUGAACUUUCAGAAGGACGGAUUCGAAGAUCGGAGGACGAGCUAAGAGUUUUGGAACAAAGCUUAAAAUCACUUACAGCUUCCGAAGCAAAGUACUCGCAUAAGGAGGACAAGUAUGAGGAGGAGAUGAAGGUCCUCACCGACAAGCUGAAGGAGGCUGAGACACGUGCUGAGUUCGCUGAGAGAUCAGUAACCAAGCUUGAGAAGACCAUUGACGACUUGGAAGAUCACCUCUCCCAGCAACUUGAGAAAAACCGCCUUCUCUCUAACGAACUAAGAGUGGCCUUGAAUGAGGACUAAACAUAGUGUGAAUGGUUCAUCUAUUUAAGUAAUGAGCUUGUUUAUGUACAGUAUUGCAAGUGUGUAUGUGAUGCUAAUAAUUCUGGAGUUAAGUGUUACUGCUGGAGUAACAAGCUAGCAGCAUACAGUACCAGUCAAAAGUGUGGACACCUACUCAUUCAAGGGUUUUUUAUUUAGUGUAUUUUCUACAUUGUAGAAUAAUAGUGAAGAGUCAACUAUGUAAUAACAUGUAUGUAAUCAUGUAGUAACCAAAAAUAUAUUUUCUUCAAAGUAGCCACCCUUUACUUUACCUUGACAGCUUUGCACACUCUUUGCAUUCUCUAAACCAGCUUCAUGAGGAAUGCUUUUUCAACAGUCUUGAAGGAGUUCCCACAUAUGCUGAGCACUUGUUGGCUGUGUGUCCUUCACUCUGCGGUCCAACUCAUCCCAAACCAUCUCAAUUGGGUUGAGGUCGGGGGACUGUGGACGCCAGGUCAUCUGAUGCAGCACUCCAUCACUCUCCUUUGUCUAAUAGCACUUACACAGCCUGGAGUUCUGUUGGGUCAUUGUCCUGUUGAAAAACAAAUCAUAGUUCCACUAAGUGCAAACCAGAUGGGAUGGCAUAUCGCUGCAGAAUGCUGUGGUAGCCAUGAUGGUUGUGUGCCUUGAAUUCAAAAUAAAUCAGUGUCACCAGCAAAGCACCCCCACACCAUAACACUUGCUUCACGGUGGGAACCACCAAUGCGGAGAUCCUCCAUUCACCUACUCUGCGUCUUACAAAGACACGGUGGUUGGAACCAAAAAUCUCCAAUUUCGAGGACCGAUUUUUUUCCACCAGUCUAAUAUCCAUUGCUUGUGUUUCUUGGCCCAAGCAAGUCUUCUUCUUAUUGGUGUCCUUUUAAUAGUGGUUUCUUUGCAGUAAUUUGACCAUGAAGGCCUGAUUUCACACAGUCUCCUCUGAAAAGUUGAUGUUGAGAUGAACUCUGAAGCAUUUAUUUGGGCUGCAAUCUGAGGCUGGUAACUCUAAUGAACUAAUCCUCUGCAGCAGAGGUAACUUCCUUUCCUGUGGCAGUCCUCAUGAGAGCCAAUUUCAUCAUAACACUUGUUGGUUUUUUCAACUGCACUGUAAUAACUUUUAAAAGUUCUUAAUUUUCAAAAUUGACUGACCUUCAGGUCUUAAAGUAAUGAUGGACUGUUUCUUUUUGAUUAUUUGAGCGGUUCUUGCCAUAAAAUGGAUUUAGCCCUAUUUAUUAAAAGCCGAUCUUCUGUAUACCACCCCUACCUUGUCACAACACAACUGAUUGGCUCAAAUGCAUUAAGGAAAGAAGUUCCACAAAUGAACUUUUUAACAAGGCACGCAUGAUAAUUGAAAUGGAUUUCACGUGACAAUCUCAUGAAACUGGUUGACAGAAUGCAGAGUAGGCAAAGGAUGGCUACUUUGAAGAAUCUCAAAUAUUACAUAUAUUUAGAUAUAUUUUUACACUUUUUUUUGGUUACUACAUGAUUCCAUGUGUUAUUUAAUAGUUUUAAUGUCUUCAUUAUUCUACAAUGUAGAAAAUUGUAAAAAGAAAAACCCUCCAUUGAGUAGGUGUGUUAACUUUUGACUGGUACUGUAUAAAUGUAUAAAUCUGGGAUUAUCUCUAAUCUGUAUAUUUACUGUAUACUCUGACAUACAACCAGGUAGUAUAUACAGUAUUGUUAAUUGUCCAUGUUUAGAGCAUGGGGAAGGCUAUGCUGUAAAAAUGUUUAUUUCCUGCAUGUUUACUGCCAUAGCAUAGUCACAGCAUUUUAGUUUUUCUCUAAAACUGAAAGUGUCUUGCAUUUGUUAGCUAAUUAUGUAGACCUAACCGUACGAUAUACUUAUUUUGCAUGUUGUGAUGGUA